CCCACCCCCUUUUUCCUGUGUUACUCCGCUGUGGCGGAAGUAAGUCGUAUCGCUAGGGCCUCAUCCUUCCAAUGGCGACUGCAAACAGGCUGAAUAGAAAGCGGGAGCAACCGUGGAGGGGGUCAGAGCUGUGUAACCGAAAUUAAAUAAAUAUAUCCUAUUCUCUGUAGUCAUAAAGUUAGCCUAACAUUUGUUUCACCUCUCCAAAUCACGACCGAUUCAAUGGCCAAACAUCGGAACAUUUCGCUCCUUGAGUCGGAGCUCUAUUACUUGAUCUCUCGUUUUCUAACAACGGGUCCAUGUCGGAGAGCCGCUGAGGUCCUGGCGAGCGAACUAGAGGAAUAUCAGCUCUUACCCGGGAGAUUGGAUUGGCUGGGAAACGAGCACCCGAGAACAUAUGAAGAUGUGGUUGCAGCCAACAAACAUAUUGCACCAGACCAUUUGCUACGGAUAUGUAAGCAGAUUGGACCAAUUCUUGACAAAGAAGUGCCAUCAUGUGUCCCAGGUGUACACUCUCUCCUGGGGUCUGGAAAGCAGUCAAUGCUUAGGACCGCAAAAGACUGUGACAAUGUGCGGUUUAAUACUUCAUCAUAUGCAGCCCUUCACAGGGGCAGACCACCAGAGAGGCCUUUUAACUGCAAGAAACCUCCACACCUAGUGAAGGUCCAUCGAGGGAGAGAGCUGACAGGAGUGCAGCGCUUCAGCUCCAUCAAUCCUGUCAGCAACUAUGAGCGCAUGCGGCUGCAUAGGCGGAUCCUGGGGCAUCUGUCUGCAGUGUACUGUAUCGCAUUUGAUCGCACUGGUCUCAGGAUCUUCACAGGCUCAGAUGACUGUUUGGUGAAGAUUUGGUCUUCAUUUGAUGGAAGGCUUCAUUCGACGUUGCGAGGACACUCAGCAGAGAUCACAGACUUGGCGGUUAAUUAUGAGAACACACUUAUUGCCGCGGGAAGCUGUGACAAGACCAUCCGUGUGUGGUGCCUUCGUACCUGUGCUCCUGUGGCUGUGCUGCAGGGGCACAGUGGAUCCAUUACCUCCUUACAGUUCUCACCGUUUGCCAAGGGCUCAAAACGUUACAUGCUGUCCACUGGAACUGAUGCUACUGUCUGCUUCUGGCAGUGGGAUGUCAACAACAUCAACUUCAGUGAUCGGCCAUACAAAUUUACGGAGCGGCCGAGGCCAGGAGUUCAGACUGUGUGUUCCUCAUUCAGUCCAGGUGGGAUGUUCUUAGCAACAGGAAGUACUGAUGAUGUCAUCAGAAUAUAUUACUUGGGAGGCGGGAGUCCAGAAAAGAUAUCCGAGCUCCAUGAGCACACGGACAAAGUUGAUAGCAUCCAAUUUUGCCACUCAGGUGAAAGGUUUGUGAGUGGAAGUCGAGAUGGAACAGCACGAAUCUGGAAGCUCCAUCUGCGGCAGCAGUGGAGGUGCAUCCUGCUCAACAUGUCUGCCACUCUUCCAGGUGUUGAACCAAUGAGUGAAGAAGAAAGCUACUUCAAACCCAAAGUCACCAUGGUAGCGUGGGAUCGCCAUGAUAAUACAGUCAUCACGGCUGUUAACAACCAUCUCCUCAAAGUGUGGAACUCCUACACAGGACAGCUGCUACAUAUCCUUAAAGGCCAUGAGGCUGAGGUAUUUGUCCUGGAGCCGCACCCUUUUGACCCCAGGAUCAUCCUGUCUGCCGGCCAUGAUGGGAAUGUCUUCAUAUGGGAUCUGCUGCGAGGGACAAACACACAGCACUACUUCAACAUGAUUGAGGGCCAGGGUCAUGGAGCCGUUUUCGACUGCAAAUUUACCCCUGAUGGCCAUCGUUUUGCCUGCACUGACUCCCAUGGCCAUCUGCUCAUCUUUGGCUUUGGCAGUUCCAAGCCGUAUGAGAAGCUUCCAGACCAGGUGUUCUUCCACACAGACUACCGACCGCUGAUCCGGGACACCAACGGCUUUGUGCUGGAUGAACAGACACAGCAGGCACCCCAUCUCAUGCCCCCACCCUUCUUGGUGGACGUGGAUGGAAACCCCCAUCCACCAAGGUACCAACGUCUCGUCCCAGGCCGGGAGAACAUUGCUGCUGAACACCUGGUUCCUCAGCUGGGAUAUGUAGCGACUAGCGAUGGUGAGGUUGUGGAGCAGGUGAUCAGCCAGCAGACUGCAGAGCACGAUGAGGCUGCUGCGAUAAGACGCAGCAACCUUUUGGACGAGGCCAUCCGAAAUCUCCAGCAGCAACAAGACCGGCAGAACCCGCCUGGGACAGAGACAGCGCAGGAGGCUGGAGCAGGACCAGAGGGGCAAGCUGAGCCACAGGGCCCAGCCUUGGCACCAGCACCAAGCACACCACGCAGAGUAUCUGUGAAUGAUCGAGCAGAUGUGCAGUCACCGCCUAAUGUGGGUCUGCGACGCAGCGGACAGGUGGAGGGUGUCCGGCAGAUGCACCAGAAUGCUCCUCGCAGCCAGAUGGCCACAGAGAGAGACCUGCAGGCCUGGAGACGCAGGGUGGUGGUGCCUGAGGUGGCACCCAGCAGCUACAGGGACCAGGAGGGAAUUCGAACAGCCAGAGGAGAUGAGGAGGUGAUUCUAUACAAUGCAAAGAAGAGACGCAUUAUCUACAGCAGCUGCCGAGAUGAUUCAGAUGAUGAGCUUCCCACUGCGAGGCGAGCACACGGCCGCAGUGACUUGCUUGAAUUCAUCGACUUGUCAUGUGAAGAGGGAGAGGAGACUGCAAGUUCAGAGGUACACACUGAGGACAAUGAUUUGGAUGGCAGUGAAAUGGAUUCCUCCAAUGAUGAGGAAGAAUGGAAUAGUGACAGCUCAAGCCAUACGUCCAGCGAGUACUCUGACUGGACGGCAGACGCUGGUAUCAACCUGCAGCCCUCCACCCCCUUGUCGUCACGGAAACGGGUGCAGCGUAGACUCAUCAGCUCGGAAGAGGAGGAGGACGAGAAUGAGGAAGAGGAGGAGAAACAGCAGAGUGACGAGGAGGAAAGAGCUGGCAAGAAAAGCAAAGAGAAGUCCAAGAAAGGAAAGUACAAGGCACCCAGGCGUCCGAAGGUCAGACCAUCCAUCAACAGAGAAGUGUCCAAUGAGUUCAGACCCUCACCAUGGAUCACUGAUGUCAUUCCCAGGAAGUCUCCUUUUGUUCCCCAAAUGGGCGAUGAGGUAAUCUACUUUCGACAAGGACACGAGGCCUACGUCGAGGCGGUGAGCCGUAAUGAACUGUACCCCAUCAACUUAGACAAACAGCCCUGGAAGAAAAUGGAGCUGCGGGACCAAGAGUUUGUGAAGAUAACUGGGAUCAAAUAUGAAGUCUGCCCUCCAACUCUUUGCUGUCUUAAGUUGACUCUUAUUGACCACGGAACUGGCAAAAUAUCAGACAAGUCGUUUUCUGUCAAGUAUCACGACAUGCCAGAUGUGAUUGAUUUCCUUGUGUUGAGGCAAAGUUAUGACGAGGCGCUUCGUAGAAACUGGCAACCAAACGACAGGUUCCGCUCAGUGAUAGACGAUGCCUGGUGGUUUGGGAGCAUCGUCUGUCAGGAGCCCUACCAGCCUGAAUACCCUGACAGUCUCUUCCAGUGCUUCAAAGUCAGAUGGGACAACGGGGAAAUAGAGAAACUGAGUCCUUGGGAUGUGGAACCUAUUCCAGAUGAUGCCCAGCAGCCAGAGACAGAAGGAGGUGGUAUCCCUGUGACUGCAGAUGAGAUGAGUGAGCUGAUGUACAAGCCUCUGCCUGGGGAGUGGGGGGAGAGGAGCAGGGAUGCAGAGUGUGAACGCAUCAUCGCCAGCAUUGACCAGCUCAUCACCGUUGAGAUUGCAGCUCCCUUCUCUGGUCCUGUGGACUUAGUCCAGUAUCCCACCUACUGCACUGUAAUCGCCUAUCCCACUGACCUGGGCACCAUCAGACUGCGACUCAUGAACAGAUUCUACAGGCGCCUCUCAGCAUUAAUUUGGGAUGCCAGGUAUAUUGCACAUAACGCCCGCACUUUCAAUGAGCCAAGGAGCAAGAUUGCCCACUCUGCAAAGAUGAUCACAAAUGUCCUCCAGAAAUUUGUCAAUAAUCCAAGCUGCACCGAUGUCAUGGAGAUUUACAAUGCUGUUGAAGAAAUGGAUGAUGAUGAGGAAGAGGAUAUCGAAGCACCAGGAACAUCCUCUGGACACAGACUGCGUCAGUUGCAGCGCUCUGUAGAGGUGGUGCCUGACAGAGACGCCUGGAAGCAACAGUGCAGGUAUCUGCUCAACUACAUAUUUGAGUGUGAGGACUCUGAACCGUUCAGACAGCCUGUGGAUCCUCAGAACUAUCCAGACUACCAUGACAUCAUUGAUACGCCAAUGGACUUUGGCACAGUGAAAAGGACCCUGGAGGAAGACCGCUAUGAAAACCCUAUCGAGCUGUGCAAAGACACCCGGCUAAUAUUUGCCAACGCUAAAGCCUACACACCCAAUAAACGCUCCAAGAUUUAUAGCAUGACCUUGCGGCUCUCUGCCUUCUUCGAGGAGCAAAUCAGAGCAAUCAUAUCUCAAUAUAAAACUGCCAUCAAGAGCAGCGAUAGGCUCCGCCGCAGUCAGAGGUUCCGCAAGAAAAUGCAGCAGCAGGAUCAGUCCAACGCCACAUCUAGUCAAAAGAGAGCUGCUGUAAAAACUCAGGGAAAAGUGGAGUCAACAUCUGUGACCAAAUCUACCUCAGCCAAAGUGUCUGUUCCUGAGAGAGCCAGGAGGAGUCGAAGCAGCAGCUCAGGUCACAGCUCUUCGGACGACGACUCUGGAUCCAAAGCUGCUUCAUCAACACCAGAGUCUGACAGUGAGAGCGAGCUGAGUGAGUCGGAGAAGGAGAAAUGUCCUGGUUCCUCAAGGCACCAACUCAGACAGAAAUCAAGAGUUACAAGAAGUAACCAUGCCAAGCAGAGGAAAAAAGAGAGCGAUAGUGAAGAGGAGGAGGAAGAAGACGACGAAGAGGAUGGACAAAUGUCUUCCCAAUCUUCAGGUCGCCGCUACCCCAUAAGGAGUGAGAACAGCAGGAGUAAGAACAGCAGGAGCACACGGCUGACCAGAAAUAGUACUGGUACAGACAGGAAGCGCACAGAGUCUGACAGUGAGAGCGAGCUGAGUGAGUCGGAGGAGGAGAAAUGUCCUGGUUCCUCAAGGCACCAACUCAGACAGAAAUCAAGAGUUACAAGAAGUAACCAUGCCAAGCAGAGGAAAAAAGAGAGCGAUAGUGAAGAGGAGGAGGAAGAAGACGACGAAGAGGAUGGACAAAUGUCUUCCCAAUCUUCAGGUCGCCGCUACCCCAUAAGGAGUGAGAACAGCAGGAGUAAGAACAGCAGGAGCACACGGCUGACCAGAAAUAGUACUGGUACAGACAGGAAGCGCACAGAGGGCAGAGCAGAGGUGAACGGUCACAGCAGCAGGUCGUCUCGCAGGGAGAGACGUCACCACCAGGACUCUGACAGAGCCACAUCCCAGGGCUCUGACAGGGAAGAGGAAAUCACGGUUCGCAGGUCACUCAAGAGAAAGACGGCGAGGGCAGCUGUGACUAAGAUGAAACUCCUCGAAGCAUCAGAUGAGGACUAUGAGGAGGAGGAGGAGAAGCCAAGAAGGAGCAGCAGCCGCCUCCGCCACACAGUCCGGAGCAGCAAACGCACCGCAGUGAUCCAGAGCAGCUCAGAUUCUGAUGAGGAGCCAUCAACACAGGAUUCUCUAAAAACAAAGGAAUCAGGUAGUGAAUCCAAGGACGAGGAGGAUGGCAAUGACAGUGAUUCUUCAUCCUCCUCUCAGCAUCAGCAGAAUGGAGACACGAGGUCCUCCAAACAGAGGACAUCAAGACAAGCUGCUAAGACUAAGGGAACUGAUACUUUGUCCCAUGUGAACGGACACAGUGCUAAACAUCACAAGUCUGACAGCAACUCUGAACAAGAGGAAGCUGAAGAGGAGAGUUCUGGAGAAGCUGAGGUUUCUGUGUCUCAUAACCCCUCUAGAAGCACAGCAACCACUCCAGCCAGGAAAAAGUGGGUUACAAGUGAGGAGGAAGAGGAGGAGGUAGAGGACACUAAACGCAGAACCACAAGGCACAAACUUCCUGUCAGCUCAGAUGAAGAGGACAAAGACCACAGUUCUCACAAACACCCACACCAAAAUGGAAGAAGUGUGGAGGAAGCAAUCCACAAGGAUUCCAAGAAAAGGAGUAAAGUUUCAUCGUCAAAAAGCCAAGACAAACCUAAAUCUGCCUCAACUAAUAAACUGGAUGGUGCUGAAUCAGAGGAACUCAGUGAUUCUCCAAAGAGAUCCAGCCCACGCAGGAAAAGACUGAAAAAAGAUGAAGAACGUUCUGUUGAAAGCAAUCAAUCCAGUGAGGAAUUUGAGGUUGAAAGCGAGUCAAAGAGGCUAACAAGAAACAAGACAAAAUCUAAACAGCCUCGUGGCGACACCUCCGCUUCAGAGAGCUCUGAGCAGGAAUACAAACCCAAGAGGAAGUCGAAGAGGAAACGCUCCACUGGCUCAUCAGACGAAGAGUCGGAUAAUUCAGACAACACAUCAAAUAGACGGCUGAAUCUCCGAGCCCUACCAAAAAAGAAAUACACCAGUGACAACUCUCUCUCUGAGGAAGACUGUGCUUCUGCGAGCCAGCGUAAACACGGAAAUGGCAAAAAAACAGCCACAGUGUCUAGGGAAGACCGGUGUAACAAGAGAGAGUCUAACAGAUCCUCUCCCAAUGAAGCCAGGAAUCGGCUGUCUUCCACCAGAAAACGUAUUUACACCUCAGACUCUGAAGAUGCGGAGGAGGAUGGAGAGAAGGAGCCAGUGUCCAAGUACAAUAAAAAUAGCAAGUCAGGCUCCUCAAAGCGUCCCAGAAGGGAAUCCAAACAAGAGGAAGGUAGCAACCACAAGGAAGACACCUCUUCCCAAUCUGAUUCCAGCGAGGAGGAGGAGGAGGAGGAAGAAGAUGUUGGUCGUUCAAGGAGCGGGAAGAAGAACGUGAGGCGGCCAAAACGCAAACGAAAGAAAAGCUACAGCAGCAGCAAUCACAGUUCUGACUCAGAAAGUAAGGAUUUGUCUUCAGCCAGAAAGACCCGCGUGAACACCCGUAACCGGGGAAAGCGGACAGUCAGUUAUCACGACAGCGAAUAAAGGACGUAGCGGCUGGCACUGUAGAGGAAAUGCGGCGACGAACAUUAACUGGAGACCUUUAAAGACACUUGAUGGCCACGUUAUGGUAGUAGCACUGGAGUCCUCGAGAGAAAAUGCUGUGAAUCUGUUUCAUUCAGGGAUAUUUAUAUUUUCUAUGAAAAAUAUGUUUAUAGAUGUAAUACAAAUUCAAGCAUUUGAACUGCUGGUUUUUGCAAAGAUACAGAACAAAACAACACCUCCCAUACUGCUUGUUGUGAUUUGGCCAGCAGAGUAACCAUUCUGGGGAAUCUUGUCAGCUUGGGUGCUAUCUAAUAUACCUCUGUUUAAUCAAGCAUAUUGCUGGCUUGCACUAAGAUACACUGUAAUGAGGUAUUUCAUACACUAGUUUUGCAUUAGAAACUCAGGGGUCAAAUAAGUUUACUGUAGUCUCAGACAUGCAGUUGUUUUUUGAGCUAAGGUAAGGACAAGAAACAAUUCCAGGUCGGCAGAUGUCCAAGCACACUCACUGGGACAAAACAAAUCCAUGUUCAGACUUUUGACUACAGCACUCCUUUGUAAAUCCACACACUUAAUGCUUGACUGUAUUAGGAGUUGAUAUGAGCCAAAUGAAUAAUAUGAAUUAUUUCCCCCCCACACCAUUUCGUUCUUAAGCAAUUAGUUUUGUGUUGUAUUCUAGUUAAUAGAUGUAAAUAUUUCAUAGAGGAUGACAUUGUCUGAAAGGUUUGGCGAUCAGUCAGUAGCAAACGUUUAUUUAAAUUUGAACUUUUUUCUUUUCCUUUUUUACGUUUAAUUGCAUUGUCUUCUUGCCACACGUCACAAAUUGGUACCUUUUUGCCAAGUACAUGUAACCAAAAGUACUUACUGCAAAAUACUGUGAUUUCUCAUAUUGGGAAGACCUUUAUUGUUGUCCUGUGUUACCUUCUUUCAGUAUUAAAUUCUUUUUCAGAGUUGACUUACAACAUUUUGCCAGUCACAUGGUUUAGUUUUGUUUUAUGGGGAGGUUUUCGCUUUGACAUUUUGCUUAAUGUUUUUCAUACUACACCUUUAAUACAUUUAUGUCACAGGAAAACUAUUAACGCAAUGUGGUUGUGGAGUGCAAUGAAUGAGUUAUUCCUCAUAUUAAUAAAGACAUCAUUUCAAGGUG